CUCACCAUGGGUGCUCUCACAGGUUCCUCUUAUUUCAUAUUAUUGUCGCUUCAUCUGUGCAUCCGGGUGGCCAAUACUGCAACGGCAUCAUCCCCGUCAGCUGCAACAUCGGUAUGGACGACGAGGACGACUGCAGUUCCCUACGACGGUCCAUGUAUAGACGAUCCCGCUAUGGACUGUGCUGAUAUGAACCGGACUGCCCACAUAUGCACAGUGUUCCUCAACAGUGACCAGACAAGGAAGUACUGCCCCAAAUAUUGCGGACUCUGUGGAAACGGGAACCAAACUCCAACGUCUUCAGCAACGUCAACGUCAUCAGGCAUGCAUGUUACGGGUGCCCCAUACAACGGUCCAUGUAAAGACGAUCCUACUUUCGACUGUGCUGACAUUGACCGAACUGCGAAAAUUUGUACUGUCUUCCGCGAUAGUGCUGACACCAAGAGAUACUGUCCGAAGUUCUGUGGACUAUGUGGGACAGCUCAGGCAACAUCAUCGCCAUCAUCAGUCAGCGGCUCGGCGACGACAUCUUUCUCCUUUACUGGACCUUGUGUGGAUUCCCCGGAAGCUGACUGCGCCGACCUUGACCACACUGCCCAGAUCUGCACCCUCUACCGGGACAGCCAGAACACCAGGGACCUCUGUCCCAGAUAUUGUCACCUUUGCACUCCUGACCCAACACUGGCAUCAACGUGCCGCGACGCUGACGGAGCCAACUGCGCCGACCUGGACCACACCGCCCACAUAUGUACCACUUUCAGGGACAGCCAGAACACAAGGGAAUUGUGUCCUAAAUACUGUGGAUUGUGCUCUGAUGGCGCUUCUACGGAUAAGGCGUCUACUCUUCCGGGAGGAUCUACAUCAAGGCAUCAAUCACCAACUACAGCAAGAUAUGAGACACCUACUGCAGCAAGUCACAGCGACGCCACCACGACAACACCAAUACAUCCGGGUUCUACUUCCACUAUGCCGAAAAAGACAACCGCCCCAAGGCAUCCAGAUUCUACCUCGACCAAGCCUACAGCCAAAACCACACCAGUCCAACACACAGACAGGACAACGUCAAUAAAACCCGGGACGUCAGUAAAACCUACAACGUCAAUAAAACCCGCAAAGUCAAUAAAACCCACAACGUCAAUAAAACCCACGACGUCAAGAAAUCCCACUACAUCAACAAAGCAUCCAAAAACAACUGCUAUCCCUCACAAAACUUCACACGCUGCCACGGCAGUUCCCGUGUCCAUGACAACCCCAAGUCUGGACCAAAUUUUUGCGAUGAGCUUCUACAGAAAUGACGUCAACCAUGAUGGAAUUUUGACGCUGUUGGACUUUGAAAAGCUGUGGAUUGAACAAGAUGUGAACGGGGAUCAGCGGGUUACCAUCACAGAGUACGCGGCUGUGACGCAUUUAUCCAAGUUCAUCACCACGGAACUGUUCCAGUUCAUUGAUCAUGACCACAACGGAGCCAUCACACUACAAGAGGUGCCACGGCUGUUCAUGGAAUACGAUUCCAACUCCGAUGGUGUCAUAAACGAGGGGGAAUUUAUAGCUGAAUUCCGUAGGAUUUACAACUUUGUGAAGGACCAUGCAAAAUAGCCACAACUAUGGAUCGAGGAGAUAGUUGGGGAGGUAACAAUAUCGAAGAAACUGACAAUGAUGAAACAAAGACGUGUGUUUUACAAAGACAUGUUUUAAAAUCAAUUUUUUUUAAGCAACGGCCCAUCAACGCCCAUCCAGUUUAACGCAACAACUCUUUUUCAAAAAGAACGUCUUUGUGAAUUUAUUCAAUGCAAUGAUCUUGACCUUUGUCUGAUCUUCUUGGUCUUGACCUUUGU